AUGGCUUCUUGUUCUUCACCUCGUCAUGUAAAGUAUGAUGCUUUUCUUAGUUUUAGAGGUGAGGACACUCGGGACAAUUUUACUAGCCACCUCCAUGCAGCUUUGUGCCGAAGAAAAAUUAGAACUUUUAUUGAUAAUGAACUUAGAAGAGGAGAUGAGAUUUCGCCAUCUCUUUUGAAUGUAAUCGAAAGAUCAAAGAUUUCGAUUAUUAUUUUCUCUAAAGGCUAUGCUUUUUCUCGAUGGUGCCUGGAAGAACUUGUGAAGAUCCUCGAGUGCAAGAGAAUUUACGGUCAGAUUGUCAUACCGAUUUUCUAUCAUAUAAAACCGUCAGAAUUACGGAAGCAAGGGAGGACUUUUGGAGAUGAGUUUGUUGAGCAUGAAGGAAGACUUGGGGAGAAGCAAGAGAUGCUGCAGAGAUGGAGAAAUGCAUUGACCGAAGCUGCUAAUAUCUCUGGCUUUGAUUCAACUGCCAACAGGCCUGAAUCAAAGCUUAUAGAGAAAAUUGUUGAAGAUGUUUUGAAGCGAUUGAAUGAUAUGUCGACUAGUGAUAACAAAAACUUGGUAGGAGUAGGAAUGAAAAUCCAAAAAAUUAAAUCUUUGUUGUGUAAUGAGUCAAAUGAAGUAUGCAAGAUAGGACUUUGGGGAAUGGGUGGUAUAGGCAAGACAACCAUUGCUAAUGCAGUAGAAGAAUCAGAGAGACGUGGGUUACAUCAAUUACAAAAAGAUCUUCUUUCUACAAUAUUGGAGGAUGGCCACCUCAAUGUAAGGCUCACUUUCACAAGAGAAAGACUUAGACGGAAGAAGGUUCUUAUUGUUUUUGAUGAUGUCACACAUUUAAAUCAAAUAAAUGAAUUAAUUGGAAGUCUUGAAAACCUUGGUUCAAGAAGUCGAAUCAUUAUAACAACAAGAGAUAAACAAGUGUUGAAAAAUUGUGGACUAGAUGAUGAUACCAUUUAUGAGGUUAAAGAAUUACAAGCUGGUGAAGCUUUUCAACUUUUUAAACAACAUGCAUUCAAGCAAAACCAUCUCAUUGAUGAAGAUUAUAUAAAGCUCUCAGGUAGAGUAAUAAGUUACACUAAAGGUGUGCCUUUAGCUCUAAAGGUCUUGGGUUCCUUUCUACUUGAUAGAGGGAAACAUGAAUGGGAAAGUGCGCUAGAUAAAUUAGAGAGAUCUCCACAUAGAGAUAUCCAAAUGGUGUUGAAAAUAAGCUAUGAAGGACUCGAUGAUGAAGAGAAAAGUAUAUUUCUAGAUAUUGCAUGUUUUUUCAAAGGAUGGGAUGAAUAUCUUGUGAAAAAAUUUUUUUGUAAAAAUUGCUCGUCGGCAAAUAUUACAAUAAGUGUUCUCAUUGAUAAGGCUGUCAUAACUACUUCAAACAACACCAUAACAAUGCAUGAUUUGCUUCAAGAAAUGGGUCGAGAAAUUGUUCGAAAAGAAUCCAAUAACAAACCUAGCCAACGUAGUCGAUUGUGGGAUAAUAAUGAUGUUCAUUAUGUAUUGAAAAGAAACUUGGGAACUGAUAUAAUACGAGGGCUUUGCUUUGAUACAUCAGAAAUGAGAGAGAUACACUUAAAUCCUUAUGUUUUUUCUGAGAUGAGUAAUCUAAGAUAUAUAAUAGUACAUAACUCAAAGCACAGAGAAAACAAUAUCAAGCUACAUGGUUUUGAAGGCCUUGAAUGUGAUUUCAUAGAGUUGAGAUGCUUCUGCUGGGAUGAUUACCCCUACAAAUCGUUGCCAUCGAAAUUUUACCCAGAAAACCUUUUUGUACUUAAGAUGCAACACGCCAAUCUUGAACAACUAUGGGCUGGUAUCAAGAACUUUGCUAAUUUAAAGUACAUUGACCUGAGCAACUCAAAACAUCUACUUAAGGUCCACCUUUUAGAGGCUCCAAAUAUCGAGAGCUUGAUUUUGGAAGACUGUAUAAGUUUGUCUGAGAUCACUCCUCCAUCUCAGAAUCUCAAUAAACUUAUUAAUUUGAAUCUAAGAAACUGCAGAAGCCUUAUCAGCAUUCCAAUUGGUAUUCAAUCAAAGUCUCUUAGAGAUGUUAUUCUCUCUGGCUGCUCUAAUCUCAACGAAGCUCCAAGCAUCUCGUGUGAUAUGGAACGAAUAUGUUUAGAUGGAACAGCAAUAAAAGAAUUAUCUUCUUCCAUCGAAUGUCCUUCCAAACUAGUUGAAUUGAAUCUUAAGGACUGUUCAAACCUUCAAAGUCUUCCAGGCAGCAUUUGUAAUUUGAAGUCUCUUCGGCAUCUUAAGCUCUCAGGCUUGUCAAAUCUUAAGAUGGUUCCAGAGAUCCCAUGCAAGUUAGAAGAGUUAUACUUAGAUGGGACUGCAAUAAAAGAAUUGCCUUCGUCGAUUGAGGAUGCAUCUAAUCUAAUUAAAUUGGAUCUCAGAAAUUGUUCAAGUCUUGAGUGUCUUUCAAAUGACAUUUGUAAAUUGAAGUCUCUUAGAUAUCUUUAUAUCUCUGGGUGUUCCAAACUAUGCAGAUUGCCUGACGAGAUAGGAAAUUUAGAAAGCUUAGAAGUGCUAGAAGCUAAUGGAGUUACUAUAAGAGAAUUACCUUCAUCAAUGAUACUUCUGAAAAACCUUCAUGAUUUGUCAUUCGAGAGAUGGAAGAGUCAAAAGCUGUUGUCUUCGCUAUCACCCAUUUUAUCAGGUUUGCAAUUUUUAAGGAGAUUAAAUUUGAAUCACUGCAGUGUUACAGAGUUACCCAGUAAUCUCGACCAGCUGCACUUACUCAGAGAUUUAGAAUUAGAAGGGAACAAUUUUGAGAGCGUACCAACAAACAUCAUGAACCUUUCUGAGUUACGCCUCCUUAACUUAAGGUUUUGUGAUCGGCUUCGAUCUUUACCGAGGCUUCCGCGCAAUAUACAAGAUCUAAAGGCAGAUGGGUGCAAAUUGCUGAAAACAUUAUCUGGUUUGACAAUUCCAAGUCAGGGAUAUUACAAAAGGACACUCAGCUUCAUCAAUUGUUUUAAUCUUGAUUGGAAUGUACUCAGAAAUAUUUUGAAUGAUUCGGUAUUGAAAAUGUACUCCGAUAGAACUUUGUGGUUGGACUUUACUGAGGGAGUUGGUAGUCGAGAAGGUUGCAUGUGUUUCCCUGGAAGUGAAAUCCCAGAGUGGUUUGACAUUCAAAGUAAUGGAUCUUCCAUAGAGGUACCAAAAGGUUCGUUCAAUCACAAGUUUCUGGGUUGUGUCUUCUGCACAAUCGUUGGUUUCCCAGAUUAUCAUCGUUUCUUCAACGACAUAGUAAUUCGGUAUGAGUUGCGGCUGAAAUGGGAAGAUAGUCACAAGACAGUUGCUAAAACAAAAUUUUCGGUUCUUAAACCCAAGUACAUUGAAUCAGAUCAUGUAUUCGUGGGGUAUAAUUGCAGUACAUCUGAGUUUCAUGAAUUCCCCGGCAAUACAGAGGCCAUUAUCAUUUUCAACAGUCCCAACAGUGUAAUAAAGAAGUGUGGGGUACAUUUAUUGUUCACUCAACAGACUGAGGAACCUAUGAAAAGAUCCAGAUGUACCAUCUUUAACGAAGAUGAAGCACACUCCAAGAGAUUGAAAUCUUCCGAUUUCUUUGAAGGCGAAUCCAGCUCAAGUUUGGACCUGAAAAGGCCUGAAUUGCAUCUAGUACCACAUGAGACGGAAGCCGUAGGAGAGUUCGAUCCAAGUGCAAAUGAAUCCACCAGCUUUACUCUUUUGGAUUUGGAUGAAUUCUCUCAAGUUUUUGUUGGAACAACAAUGGGUAUGAAUGUCACAACCACUCUAGGAACCACUGACUAUGCUGAGGCAGAAUCUAGUACUGGAAGUGGCUGCUAUUCUGAUGAAGAUGAAGUGAUGAAUAGUUGA